AUGCAACAACAACAACAACAAACAUUCACAGAACAACAUCCCUCGACCACACAACAACAAGAACCACCCAAUCCACCUCCCCGUUACAUCCAUGACUAUUCCACAGAUUUGAAAGCCAUUCAAGAACACGAUAAACAGGAUCAAUUACCCUUUAGCAAAACAGAUCCACAAAUGUUUCCACACAUUCCGUUUGUGAGUUCCUAUGAUUCAGGAUUGGUUCAAAAUGUCAUGUUCACAGGUGGAUGUGGUGAUGUAGGAGAUGCCAUUUCCAAGACACAGCCCGAAUACUCGAGUGAGGAUUUGAGAACCGUCAUUCAUGAAUUGGAUGAAAGGCCAAGAUAUGGAAAAACACAAGAGGAAGUUAAUGAAAGAGAUGAGAAAGGAGAAAAGAAGUCAGUCAAUCCUUAA